AGAUUCCAGCUCGGAGAGAGUUGCGCCUCCAAAUCCAGGCUGCUCUAGAUCUCUCUCUUUCUCUCUCGCACGCGCCCCGUUCCCAACCCCACGCCACAAAACAUGCGCCCUGGGGACAGCCCUAAUUCAUCUUGUAUCCUUUCCAUUGCCCAGCCUUUCGCUGCUAAUAUUUACUACCCACCACAACUGUCUGCACACCGUCAUUAUUGGACAGGUAUGCCAGGCUCCACAUUAUUUCCUGUGAACUUCCCAAGCAGCAGCCAUCUCUUGGGCAGCAUGCUCGCCGGUCCGAGCCUGGUCCCCGCCUUUAAAUUCCAGUUGCGGCGAGACGCGAUUGACUGGAGGCGGUUCAGCGCCAUCGAUGUGGAGCGGGUGGCUCGCGAGCUGGACCUUGCCACUCUGCAGGAGAACAUCAACAGCGUCACCUUUUGCAACCUCGAUGCAGAAAAGUGCCCCUACUGUCAGCAGCCAGUUGACCCUGUGCUCUUGAAGGUCUUCAAGAUGGCCCAGCUGACCAUCGAGUACCUGCUGCACUCUCAGGAGUACUUGAGCAUGAGCCUGGCCCUUCAGGAAGAGCAACACCAAGCGACCCUGGAAGACCUCAAACGCGUCAAGGAGGACUGGGAUAAGCAAGCAGAAGAGCUGAAGGGUGUCAAGGAAGAGAGCAGGAGGCGUAAAAAGAUGAUUGCCACGCAGCAAUUGCUCUUGCAAGCUGGGGCCAAUAACUACCACAAGUGCCAAUUCUGUGACAAGACCUUCAUGAACUACUCCUUUCUUCAAGCCCACAUGCUGCGCAGGCACCCAGAGGUCACUGCAAUAGAGCAGGAAAAGAAGAAACAAGUGGUACAAAUGGAAAGUGAGAUUGAAGAACUGAAGGUGAAACUGAAGGAGACCCAUGCCCAACUGGAGGCUGAGAGCCAAAGCAGGGCUCAGGAAGCAGAGCACCUGAGGCAAAGAGAAGAGGAAAGCAGAAGAAAAUUUGAGAGAUGGAAGGAGGAAGAGAGGGUAAAGUUUCAAAGGGAGAUGGAGGACCUCCGGCACCUGUUCCUCACCGAAUUCAAGGACAUUGCCAGCAAGAAUUCUGCCUUGGAGGGGAAGCUGCAGGAACUACAAGGCAAGAGUGCAGUGGUCUCUAAUCUGGGGACAUUGCAGGAUGACGAGUCACCUGACAAGCAACAAUGGAAGAAGACUCAGAGAGAACUACAGGGGAUGAAGGCAAAGAUUGAGCAACAGAAAACAGAAUGGAAGUGGAAACUGAGGGAUCUUCAGAAGGAACACCAGAUGGAGAAGGAAGAGUUGAAGGGUGAGAAUGAGAGACUACGGGCCUCCUUGUCUUCUGACCAAUGGAAAAUGGCCGAGCACAGCAAGCAGCAAAUAGCAUCACUCAGCGCACAACUCAGGGAACAGGUCAAGAUCAUCCAGUCACAGGAGAAAACAAUUAAGCUCUUGUCUUCUAGCAAACCUAAAGAAAUAACUGUUCCUAAGGCAGAAACUUCAGAAGAAUCUACUGAAGAAGAACUGGAAGAUACUCUGGACAGAAAGAAGAAGGUUCUAGAAGCACUGAGGAGGAAUCCAAACUUGCUGAAACAGUUCCGGCCGAUUCUGGAAGAGACCCUUGAAGAGAAACUGGAGAGCAUGGGAGUGAAGCGGGGUUCAAAAGGUAUCCCUGCUCAAACCUAUAAACAUUUGAGAGAUGUGAUAAAAACCCAACAACAGCAGAAGGCCAAAAAAUUUCCACAGCUCCUCGCCUUAAGAGACAAAAUUGAGCAAGAAGUGAAAAGGAAAGUCAGAAGGGGUCAGAAGGAUGAAAGCGAUCUCUCGCUGCCACUCUCGGGAACCUCAGGUAAAAGCCAAAGGAGCCCACAGUCUCCAAUCCAGGUUGUGUCUUCUAAGCCCAGAAUGCAACAAGUUGAAUUCAAGCCUUAUGCCUCAGAGAUGCCCAAACCAGCCCCUCGGAGCAAAGUGAACUCCAAGGCCAGUUCAGUGGAGACCCCCAGGAUGCCUUCUCCAAAGCAAGUGAGGAGCAGCACACCAUCUCUUCAAUACUCUGCUGCCCAUCAUCCCAGCACUUCGCCUUUCAGCUCUGAAGAAGAGUCUGAAGAGGAAUCAAACUUUACAUCUCCAAAGUUUACACCCCGCAAGACAGAACCAGACCCUCCCAGAGCAGCGCAGAAUGAAGAGAGUGACUGGGAUUCAUCUGACAUAGAAUUGUCGGAGGGGAAAGGCGGUAUGGGAAGGGUCCUUGCAACAACAGCAGAGACUCGUUCAGAAACAGUGGUGCAGUCAAUGGCUAAAAAUUUGGAGAGGACACUGAGUGCAUCUGGGAAAAAGCCUGCUGGUGGAGUUAAACUCUUUCCCAUCCCUACCAAAGAAGCUCCUAAACCUGGCCCAACUACUAAAAAAAUCCAGUUCAUUGAGGAGGAGGACAGUGACUUGGAGAUUUCUUCCUUGGAGGAAGUCACCCCACACCUGGAGACCAACAGCAAGCUGAAGAAGCCACCAGCCACAAGGAGCAGCGGGGACUCAGCUGAUUCUCGGGGCACCAGCCUCUGGGGUUCUGGCAGCACAAGAGCUGGCGCCUGGUAACCUUUGCAUUGAGCCGAGCUGUGUGAGACAACAGGCUCCAUUUGAGAUGGAACAGUUCCUGGGGCAAGUCAACGAAAAGGAUGCUGAUCUUUCAGAGAGAGAGAAUGUGAAUAACUACCAUACUCAGGAUCAUAUCUUUGGACUCAAGUGUGAAGUUGUUUUGCUUGAAUGUUUUCCUCCUUAGUAAAAAAAAAAAGAGAGAGAGAGAGAGAGAGAGAGAGAGAGAGAGAGAUAAAGUACUCUUUCACUGGAAGUCUCAGGUAACAGUGAAGUUCACCUUUUGAUGAAGGAAGCACAUCUCCACUUGAAGCUGAACCAACAAGAGGAAGCUCCCUGCUCUUUUUUUCUAUGGAGGAGCAUUCAGUCAUAUGAGCUCCCAGCUGUAGUCUCUAAAGUGCAAUAACCCCAGCACAGGAGCAUCAUUAUCGCUUCAAGUAUAGCUAGACUUAAGGCAUUCAGGGCCACACGUCUACUGAAUGCAUAGCAACAUUUCUCCUUGCUCUUAACCCCGUGUGUUUUUGCACAAUAUAUAUGAGUGUAAAUAAGUUUUUUAGAAAAUCUAUAUUGAAUGCUUUUCACACUAAAAACGCUUUCAUAAUUUUAAAGACUAUUUUUCUAUUUGGGGUAUUUUUCUAUAGAAACUUGUUCCGAUUAGACUAGUUGUCGGAGAUAACAUGAUCCAGUGGAAAUACAUGUGUCCCCCCCCCCCACACACACAGGAAAAUAACAGUUAUGGAUGGCAAUUUAGAUUAGGAUGACAAUGUUGGAGAAAGAGUAAACCCACCUCCCAUCUCAUUUGCCCUCCUUUCCCAAUUGCUGUUUUUAAUAUGAAUUUAAAGAAAUGUGAGGUACCUCAUCUGGUGUGGCUCAUAGUUAACAUAGUUGAGUUCUAGAAACACCGUUAAAUAAAAAGUUGCUGGAUAGAGCUGACCACUUGAUGGCACCACAACUCAAGAAACAUACAUUUUUUCCUUUGUUUUUUGAUAUGAUGCAAAUGGCACUUGUUACCAGAGUAGAUUUAUUAUUAUUAUUAUUUUAAAAAAGAGUAUUCAGGAGAACAAAUGGAGUAGGUAAAAAUGAGGCAUCCUAUAAACCUGCCCAAAAAGAAAUUACACAAGAGCAAAACUGGGGGUGAUCAUAAGGGGUCCAUAUCCCCUUCUGCCCUUUCUUUUUAUAUUGAAAAACCCUUUCAUUAAAAAAAUAAUUUCGAAGCAUUUGCUUUAUAGAAGUCCCAUCUGCUCAUUCCCAGAUUUCUCAGGAUAUAUGUGACCAUAUGUGCUGUCUUUGCAAGUUACCACCCUGCGUGUAUCUCAAGAAGGCAGAUGUGUAAAAUACCUGGCAAAAGUUAUUAAGCAUCAUGACGACAUUUGCAAGCUUGAAGAUAGUAUUUAUUGAGAUCUUCCUUUUUCCAGUAAGACAAUACAGUUACAUAAAAAUGAUCGCGGUUGGCAAUAAUCCUCAAUGUAAAGUACAAAACCUACAGAAAUCGUAUGUGGGAUCCAUCUGACCCCACACUUUUUUAAAAUGUAAAAGUAAUUUACCAUUAAGAUAGAGGUAGCUUGCAACUUACAUACUGUACAUUUAACUUGUGCACAUUCAGCUUUAUGCAUUUGUCAAUUUAAAAGAAAAAGAAAGAAAGGGAGGGGUGGAAAGGAGGUGGGCAUCCGUGGAAAAAAUACUUUGGCAGUCCCACCAGCCAUAGCACUCAAAGUGAUUUGACUCUACAUGAAUGAAUGAAUUGCCUGUAUGUAUAACGAUAAUAUUUGCACAAGUAUAAUAGCACAAUAAUCAUGAUUUGUGAGUGACUCCUAAACAACAAAUGUUUAGCUUCGAAGUACAGAUAUGAAUGUUUAUAAGUUCGGAUGUUAUGGGUUGGGUUUUCUCAUUUUAGAAAAGGAGGGGCAUCUCCAGAAAUAAAAGUUUCUCAUGCAACAUUUGUGUGUUUGUUAUGUAAACUCUGGUUGCAUGUUUGUGUGCUUAAUAUUUGAAUUUGAAAUAUUUUUUAGUAGAGGGAAAUGGCAAAGUUAAAAAAAAAUCAGAAGUCAACUGCAUGUAUGGUAUGUUCUUAUUCUGAACGCAUCCUAAAGUAAGGUAUGAUCUCUACAGUUUUCAUGGUGAAAUAGUCUCUGGAUGAAUAUAUUUAUUUAUUUUCUUCUGUAUUACAGAAUGUAUGUACAAUGCUGUUUAAAAACAUUCCAAAUCUUUGCAAAUCCACACAAAGAGGAAGGUCAGUCCCUGAAUGAAUGUGUAUGUGAGCAAUGAAAAGUAUACAAGUAUUUCUUGUAAAACAAAGUCUCACCUCUAUUUUGAAUUUUCAUCAAAUGGUUAAACAAAGAACUGGAAAAUAUG